AUGGUUCAAAAUCCAGAAUACUCUCAAGCUAAGGUUAAAGUUCGUCUAUGCGAGCAGCUUAGGGUUCACGCUCCUCAUAUUUUCUCAAGGAGGCAGGCAUCGCAGCCAGAUUCUUAUCAAAAGUAUCCGAAAAAAUUCCAAGAUAACGCCAAUCCGCCCUUUAACCGUGGACCGCCCUUUCACAAUCAGCCUCCUGCUCACGACCCUGACCCUCCGUAUUCUAACAUACCUGAGCCGCCGGAGCCUCCAAAGGACUUUUCCAUAUACUCCAGAACCAACCUCGUUUGGCAGGGAAACAUAGCUCGCAACUCAAAGAAGCUCACGGAAACUCUGGCCAUUAAAAUCAGCGGCCAGUGUAGUCACUUUUUAACUGCUUCCAUCGAUAUCAUUAACAUUACUCAUCGUCUCAAGUGGGAGGAGGCUUCUAAAAACGUUCCCCUUGCUGUGUUCUCCUUGCACUCUUCCAACAACCUUAAGUUGGAGCCCUUCAAUGAGUAUAUUGAAUACUUCAAGACCAAGAACAGGAUUGGUGUUGCUCCCUUGGGUAAUGAUCAUAACAUUUACAUUUGCGCUCCUGGCAAUCCACUAUUCGACAAACACAUGCCUGGCGGAAUAACCACACCAACUCUAAUCGGAAUCGUUGUUGCUAAUGAAGCUAUUACCACAAAUCAACCUGGACGACUACAGCAAUCAAACGGCGACUGGUUAAAUCAGCUAAAUAACAUUACUGCUAUGCUUGGAACCAAGAAAUAA